AUGGCGCCAGCUCCUCAAAACAUCGCCAGCAACCUCUCUUCUGCUGCUAAGCGCGGCGAGGUCUCUCACAGCUGGGAUAAGAACGUGGCCACCUCGCCGCUCGCUUCUUUCCAGUCUCCUCCCAGCUGGACCGCCAACCUCCCUAACCGUGGCGCGCCCAAGAACUUGAAGCCUUUCAACACCAAGGAUAUCAAGAUUCUACUUCUCGAGAACGUCAAUGUCACCGGUCAGGAGAUCCUGAAGGCCCAGGGCUACCAGGUCGAGGCCCUCAAGACCUCCCUCCCCGAGGACCAGCUCAUUGAGAAGAUUCGUGACGUCCAAGUCAUCGGUAUUCGCUCCAAGACAAAGCUCACCGAGAAGGUCCUCCGACAGGCCGAGAACCUCCUCGUCAUCGGUUGCUUCUGUAUUGGCACCAACCAGGUCGACCUCGAGUUCGCCGCCAAGAAUGGUAUCGCCGUCUUCAACUCCCCCUUCGCCAACUCGCGCAGUGUCGCUGAGUUGGUCAUCGCCGAGAUCAUCGUUCUUGCCCGUCAGCUUGGCGAUCGAUCCAACGAGAUGCACCGAGGCACCUGGAACAAGGUCAGCUCCAAGUGCUGGGAGAUUCGAGGCAAGACUCUGGGUAUUGUUGGCUACGGUCACAUUGGUUCUCAGCUGUCCGUCCUCGCUGAGGCUAUGGGCAUGAACGUCAUCUACUACGAUGUUGUUACCCUGAUGGCUCUGGGAACUGCCAACCAGGUUCCUACACUUGAGAAGCUCUUGGGUGAGGCUGACUUUGUCACCCUCCACGUCCCUGAUCUCCCCGAGACACGCAACAUGAUCUCUACCCCCCAGUUCGAGCAGAUGAAGUCUGGUGCCUACCUGAUCAACGCCAGCCGUGGUAGCGUUGUCGAUAUUCCCGCCCUUAUCAAGGCUAGCCGUGCUGGCAAGGUUGCUGGUGCUGCUCUUGAUGUCUUCCCCGCCGAGCCCGCUGCCAACGGUGACUACUUCACCAACGACCUCAACGCCUGGGGCGAGGACCUCCGAAGCUUGAGGAACCUCAUCCUGACACCUCACAUUGGUGGUAGCACCGAGGAGGCUCAGCGUGCCAUUGGUAUCGAGGUCAGCGAGGCUCUGGUUCGCUACAUUAACCAGGGUAUCACUCUGGGCAGUGUCAACAUCCCCGAGGUCCAACUCCGUUCGCUGACUUCCGACGAGCCCGAUACCGCUCGUGUCAUCUUCAUUCACCGAAACGUUCCUGGUGUGCUCCGAAAGGUCAACGAGAUUCUCGGCGACCACAACGUCGACAAGCAGAUUUCCGACAGCAGAGGCGACAACGCCUACCUCAUGGCUGAUAUUAGCAGUAUCAAGUAUGAACAGAUCAAGGACAUCUACGACAGCCUCGAGGCUCUUAGCGCUCGCAUCAUGACCCGUAUCCUGUACUAA